UUUUUUGUCGCGACUCAAACUUUACUUGACUUGAUUUUAGUUCCGAUCUAAGCUAGAUGGCGCAAAAAUAUAGAUAUCUUUUUAUACAGGAGCAAGUUUCUACUUCCCGCUGAUAGAGGCGCGCAUGCGUCAGGAAACACGCAAUUCGGGUUCGCCGGGUCUUAUCGCUGCUUGCUUUUGCUCGCAUUUAAGUAGUAUUAAGUCACUCGCAAACGGAUUUCGUUACCUCUCCGAUACCAAAUGCCGAAGAAUAAGAGCAAAAAUGCAUUCUACUUCUUUAUGCUUGAUUGGAAGAGACGGGCGGAAGCACAGGGCCGCAAGUUUCCCAAUGGGCUCAAGGAUGUUCAGCGGGAACCGGAAUGUAACGAAGAAUGGCAGUGUUUAACUAAGCAGGAAAAAGGUCCAUAUGAAGCCAUGGCAAAAAAUGAUAAAAUUACAUCUCAAAUCUCAAGUAAAGACAAGAAAACGUCAUAUGGAGAAUCAAUAAAUAUGAUUGAACAGAAAGAACUAGAAAUAAUGAAAUUUAAAAAAGAAAUGCAGGAAAAUAUUAAAGUAAUCAUCAAGUCAGCUGUAAAUCUUAAUUUUUUGCCAAAGUUGAAAUUCUGUAUUGUACAUGUUAACUACUUCUUCACUAAAAUUGUUAAUAAUGCACUUGAAUACUUUCCGGCCGAAUAUGCAUUUGGAGUUUUCUCGCUUGAGAAUGGUAUAGAGGAAGUACAUCAUGCAAUUGUUAGUACUAAGAUUCCAUUAGGAUAUAGACGGGAAGCAUUGGAGACAAGUGCAAACUCUCAUAACAUACCUGUAGAAUAUCCAGGCGGAGAGACUGAUUUUGUCGUCAUGUACAAGAAAUUAGUAGAUUUUCUAGAUUCUAGAAAACUUGUGGAUCAAUAUCCUUAUCUGUAUACAACGACAACCAAUAUGGGAGCAGUACAAUCUUUGAUAACAAAACUGAGUGAUGCAGCACAAGAAAAUAAAGACCAAUUUAAGAUUUAUGAAUUGGAAUCAUUGUUCACGCAUUUAGCAAAUGAAGCAUAUAAAAAUAGAACAGAUCGAGAUAUAAAUUGUAUUCCUAUUUAUGCUGGACAUAUAUUUACACGCUAUACAUAUAUCUUUGAAAAGGGCUUUGAAUGUCACUUCCAUAAAUAUGUUGAUGGAGGAACUGAACACUGCAGUAAAUCUGUGCUGCAACAAUGGGCAUGGACGUUGUGCGAUGAGUUUUGUGAGCCACUUGGAGUAGUGAUGCAGCCAGGAGUACAUAAACCUAAAAAAUCUAAGACUGAUAUCUCACAAGUCAUGACGAAUUUAAUGAGUAACCUGAAAGUCAAUGAUACUCAUGAAUCUGCAACUGAGUCUAAGGCAAUUUUAUCUAUGACAGGCGUAAGUGAACGACAUAGAUUGAAAGUUUCUAGUAGGACGUAUCAAGAAGAAAUGCGGCGUCGAAAUGAAUCAAAACCAAUACAAAUGAUUGAUUAUGGUAAAGAAUCUGCCAAUAAACCUAUUGAUGAUCCUGUUAACAAACUUAAUAAAUCUGUUGAAGAAGAGGAUAAAUGUGUGCCAAAUUAUUUGAAUGAAAAGCCGUUGCGACCUCCAAAUAUCAAUAAAAAUAUUUAUGCUCUUCCUGUGAAUGAUCUUUCAAUUGACGAUGAGGAGAGUUUUCCUCCUAUUGGUGGAAGAGGUGUACCUAUUAGAUCUCGAUUAGGAGCAAGAAAACUGCCUUUAGGCAAAGGACAAGGACACACGUAAGCGAGACUUUUGGAAGAGUGUAUCAGAUCUGAUAUAUUUGAGAGUCUUAUAUCAAGAGAAUAUAUAUUUAUAAUUUACAAAGUCUACAAUUCAGUCAUUUAGUCAUUUACUUUACGAUAAAUAAUGAUGAACACAUACAUACUUACUAAAGAGAUAUUACUUUUACUGUAAUCUGACAAUAAGGCUUAAAACAGUGUAUAAUAAU